AUGGAAAAUGUCUUGAAAUACCCUCUCAGACUGUUGGACAACUAUCCAAGACACCUAUUAUCCGGUUUGCUAUAUAAUACAUCGGGAUUUCUCUUUUGGAUUGUGGUACCUUUGUUGUUUAAUGAACAAGGUGCAUCUGCUAUCGAGCUAGCGCUUUUGCAAACGAUUUGCUUUGUCAUCUUUGCUGCACUUGCUCCUUUUGGUGGGAAAAUAUCAGACCUAAUAAGUCCAUUUAUAGUGGUCAGAAUUUCGUUGGUUCUUCUAACAAUAGGCGAAGCAAUUGUUGCAAUUUGGCCAACGAACAAAGCUGCUAUUUACAUUUCUUGUGCGUUCUGGGCAUUCUCUGCAUUCCUCUUUUGGCCAGCCGCGGUUGGUACUGUUGGGAAGGAAUCUAAACCUGGAAAGGAAGCAAGAAACAGUGGGCUUUUUGCAGUCUCGUGGUCGUUUGGUAAGUCAAUUGGAUAUGUUGUGGGUGGUUCGUUAAAAGCAGCCUUGGGGGCAAGCACUUCGUUGUACAUUUCCAUUGGAAUAAACGCACUUAUUUUUCUUGUCUACCCGUAUACGCAUGUAAAGUGGUUGAAAGACAAACUCAUUGAAGAGAAACAAAAGAAACAACAAAUGGAAGAAGAACUCAAAGAUGAGGAGAACGUGAAUAACAAGGAGAAAGAUAGCAACGGUGUUGAUAUAAAAAUUGAAAAUAAUGAUGUUGUAAUACCCAACGAAAUGGCUAAAGAAUUGGGUAUUCCAAAAAUAGAAAAACCCUUAAAAUCUGAAACUAAAAUGACUGGAAAAGUGAAAUGGACUGAAGAACAGCUAAAAAACAAGACAUACAUAUUUCUGGGGUAUAUCAUGCAACUUGGGGUGUUUGGUUCAUCAUCUAUACUCACUAACCAAUACAUCAAAGUCGCAGACGCAAAGUCGAUUGGCAUUCCAAUUGGAGGAGAUCCAGAAGACAAUUUUGUCGCUUGGAACUUUUUUAUUUUAUACUUUUCUCAAACGUUGACUUUUAUCGCAAUGAGUAUCACUGAUAAAUGGACGUACCACAGAUCGCUCAUUUUGGCAGCAAUGACGAUCUUCAUGAUGUACCUUACUGUACUUGUACUGGUGUUUAAUCCAUAUGUCAUUUUUGUCGCAUCGUUUUUCGCUGGCAUUGCGACAGGGUUCUCUUAUCAAACGUCCACCUACUACAGUCUCAAAGCAAAUGACAAGUCAAAAAGUUUGUUUGUGGGUUUUAAUGAAGGCGUUGCUGCUUUGUCUAAUGCUUUACUUCCGCUUUUUGCUGCUUUGCUCUCUGAGUCGUUUGGUGUAUUUUCUACGAUUUAUCUUGCAAUCGCUGUGGUUUUGUUUUGUCUUGUGAUCAUUCAAAUAGUGUAUCAUAUCGCAAGUAGAGUCAAUGCGUCGAGACAGUCUAAAAGAAAUGGUACAAUCACCUUGCAUAGAACCGAAAACUCCAAUGAAGAAGUUGCCAACAAAACUGAUAUUACAAUUAAAGAGGAGAAGAGUAGCAAGUCGAGUAGUGACUCGACGCCUCUUUAA